GUGCUCGCAUCUCAGCGCUCAGGAUUUGACCGAGGUCAAGCGUUCGAAUCAAAAACACCGCCAGAGAGUAUGGAAUCAUAACGCCCCCGCUUUAGAGACGGUCUCCAGUCGGCAUGAGCGAGUUGGAGAACACGCCGAGAGUGAACACGUGCGGACUGGGGUUGACCAUUUCUCGAACUAAAUGGUCCGCAACUCAAGUUAGAAUGCGCGCCCAUCACCUUCAAAUCGGACUAACACAGCCAUCUUGCGUAACUAUUCUCGGAUUUGCGCCUAUCGGUGCCAUGGUCUCACCAAACAGCAGCUGAUCGCUCGAUAGUCAAGACAUGAUGGGCUAUCCCACAGGAGUAUGUACAGAACCUCAUGCAGUCAGGAUGAUGUCCUGCGAUAUCGCGCCCCAGAGAUAGCUGGGUCCGUGUGCCACUGAUCUUUCCAUGGACCACGCUGUCAACUGGCUCGAUCAACAAGCCACGCCGCCCAUCCCGGCAUGUGACACACGGACUGCGUUUGGGGCGAUGAUGCAUAUCGUUCAAAGACGAGCCCCACAGCAAGGGUUACAUGGUUUGACUUCUAGCGCGCCCUUUCUUACCC